AUGGCAUCCAUAAAUUCAAACUUGAACACACUCCCUCCAGGAUUUUUCACUUAUAGGGUACAAGGGCAAAUUUAUAUAAAAACUGGAUCUUUGGUUCCGUUGCAAGGUCAUAAACCACAAUACAACCAUUUGUAUAUAAUUGAAGAUGAAGCAGCAUUAAAUGACCGAUUAUCUGAUUCUAGAAAUAACAUGUGUAGAAGCAAUAUAAUGAGGUCCUUACAAACAAUGCUCAAUGAAUUCAAUCCUUUUAUCAAAAUAUACAAAAAGGUGGCUGCAAUUUUAGCUGAAGAGGAAUUAAAAGCAGCGUCAGAAAAUCGUCCCAAAUAUUCGGUAUCAGUGCAGUUUUAUAAACAUAAAUCUCUUGAUUUGCGUCGGUAUAACACACCAUCAAAUAAUGAGGUAGCGGCCAUCUUUGUAGGAGAAAACGGCGAACUUCCAUUAAAUAUAGACUUCUCUGUACAAGAAUAUUCUCAACAUUUAACUACACUCAAAUCAACCAGUCCCAAUAUCGACCCUUUAGCCUUUCCUCUACUUUUUCCUAAUGGAGAACUAGGAUGGCAUGAUAAUCUUCAACACAGAGAAGAGAGUCGAACUGCUCGAAGCCGUCUUACAAUGUUACAAUUUUAUCAGUAUAGACUUGCUGUUCGUAAAAAUUUUAGCCCAUUAUUUUACGCCGAAAAACUUUUUCAUGAAUAUUGUGUCUUGGCCUAUGUUAGGAUUGAAUCUCAACGAUUAUUGUUUCUUCGAAUGAAUCAAAAGAGCUCAGAGCUGACAAUUAUAACAGUUUAA